AUGACUAGCCCCCAGACCCAACAGAAGCGGCUCAAGCGGACUUUGUCGGAUAUGGAAGAAGGACCUACGUCGGAGAUGGAGGAGAAAGCUAUGCCGGACAUGGAGGAAGAAUCUAUACCGGACAUGGAGAAGGAAUCUAUACCGGACAUAUGGACCGAAGGGGGACCAGCUCUGUACCCCACUACACAGUACCUCUGUCAGAGACAGGAGUAUAAUGAAAUCGUUCAACAUUUUUGGUCCAUGUCCUUUAUGGCAUUACCGCACAUGAGAUCUAUACCGGCGGAUUUCAAAAAGGGAUUCUCUAAAAUUAAUCUAGAGGUCCACAGUUGGGCUUGGCGCUUUGGUGAAGACAAACCUAUGUCCCAUCUCUCCAGUGGUGACAAACAGGCCAUUAUCGCCAGUUUAGAUGGAUUCUGUGUCCAAGAGGACUGGGACAAGAUUCAUUCCUCCCUUCCUCCUGCUGCUCGCUCUGUGUUUGGAAAAGUUUUGCUAGAGGCCAUGCUCAAUCAGUUCAUCUACAAGAAGUUUGCCACCUCCCCCUUCUGGUUUAUGGAUGCCAAGAUGGAUGCUACGGAUCAGCCCGGGGAUGCCAACUUCAUUAGGAGACUUGACUAUAUAUACCAGAGGUUCAGAGAAAUAUUGCCCACGAACGCAGCUUGGUGGAAAUCAACCCUCGUGAGCAUCUGCACGGCAGAAGUCCAGUUUGUGGGUGGUCCCCGCUACUCAGCCCUCGGUCAACCCAUGCAUGAACGGCGCAAAGCACUCGUGAAGUCCUAUGAGGAAGAGCUGUGGGAAUGCCGACUUUUCCGACUCCUCCUUAAAGACUCACUGAGCCAGUCGCUGCAGACUUUCCGCGAUGAUAGACUCCACUUGAUUCUAGAGCUUGCGGCUCAGGAGUUUAUUGCUGGCCAAGCUGGCCUCUUUGGCAAUCUCGUGGUUGAGCGACUGCCUGAGCUUGCAAAGUUUGAUCGCCAUUCGGACACUAUGGUAGACCAUUGGUAUCAUGCUGGCUUCGAACCCCAAGACGGUGCUCCGGUUCUUCUCGUGAUACGUCCACGCUACAGCUACCAUGAUACCAUUAUGGGUAUGAGUUGGAUACCUGUACCUCCGGUCCAACUCAUUCAGGCGGAAGUCGUGACGGGGCCGGCGGGGCCAGAGGAGCAGGCUCGAUGGGCAGCCGCUGCUGGCGAUCAUGAUCCUACCCAGGAUGAGAGAAUCGAUAAAGAGGAUGUCGACAACGAAGGUGUAGAAGGAGAAGAUGAAGGCAAAGACGGACGGAAAGAAGAAGGAGAAAAACCAGGAGAAGACGACGAUAACAACAACAACAAUGAUGAUGAUGUUGAUGAAAAUGAUAACAAUGACGUUGACAGCUCCGUAGAUGAUGCAUGAGCGAUAAGGGUAUUGGAGAGAAUGGGUGCUUGUGCCGAAGCAAGAAUCUUGCUGAUAGUAUAUUUCCGAUUUGGUCUUUCUCUUCUGAUUGUAUCAUUUCGUUUUUCUUUUCCUUUUGUCUUUCUUUUAUGAGUUUCAGCUUCAUCGUUCUUUCAAUUGUCGAUCGCCAUAUUCUAUAACUGACUAGAUACUGAUAUCAAUUCCGGGC